AUGUCUUACGAAUACGAUCCGGACCUAGAGGACCUGUACAGCACUCUGAGGGGCAUGAAAGCGGCCGCGCCCUCAAUAGGAGCUCACGAUAUCGCAAGCGUGCGCCAGAGAAGUAGCGGUAUCGUCGACAUAUACAACGCUAUUCCACUCGCCCCAGGCGUUGAACGGAAAUCAUUCACGACCAAGACUCCCGACGGCCACGAUCUGGAGCUCGUAUGGUACGCCCCCGAGAGGGCCACAACGACGCCAGGGCCCGCUCUCUUACAAAUCCACGGAGGGGGAUUUAUAGCCUUCGGCGUGCACGAUUUCCAUCCAGCACUUAACAAUCUCGUCGCGGCCAGCGGCGUGCCGAUGCUGUGCGUGGAUUACCGUCUGGCCCCCGAGAAUCCAUAUCCCGUCCCGUUGGAGGACUGUUAUACCGCGCUCACCUGGUUACGCGACCAUGCUACGGAGCUCCAGAUUGACCCCGCCCGCAUUGGAGUGAUUGGCGAUAGUGCCGGGGGAGGACUCGCGGCCGGGUUAGCGCUGCUAGCCAGGGAUCGGAAAUUCAGCCCGCCGCUGGCGAAACAGGUCCUCAUGGCUCCGAUGCUAGAUGACCGCAUCGCGGAGUAUGAUGAACGGCUGCUGCCGCUGCUUACUUUCACGUACGCGGACAAGACGUCUAGCUGGACUGCCUAUGUCGGCCGGGAUGCGGCUGGGACCGAGCUGGUGCCGCCAUACGCUGCACCAGGGCGCGAGUCUGACUUGGCGAACCUGCCUUCGACAUGUAUAGAUGGGGGCCAGUUGGAUGUGUUCAUGGUUGAGGGCAUGGUUUAUGCAAAACGGCUUGCAGUUGUUGGCGUGAGCACGGAGUACCAUCUGUAUCCAGGCGUUCCACACUCUUUUAAUGUUUUUGCGCCAGCCGCAGAGGUCACCAAAAGAGCAAUGGAGAACCGAAUUAAGGCGAUUCAGAGCUUUUGA